UGUGUGUAUAAUUAAGUUGUUGAUUAAGUACAGUAAAUUAGGUGAAGCUUAGAAAUUUGUUAGUUAGUUAGUGUGUGUGUAUAUAUACAAAGCAUUGGCCUUGGCUAUUACUUAAGAUAGAGGAAUAUGUCACCUCUUAGAAAAAAAAGUACAAGUUCCAGUGAAGAUGAAGCUGAGCAGCUCAGGAGAGGACCUUGGACUCUAGAGGAGGAUUCGCUUCUCAUUCAGUACGUUGCUCGCCACGGCGAAGGCCGGUGGAACUUGCUGGCAAAACAUGCAGGCUUAAGGAGAACCGGCAAGAGUUGCAGGCUGAGAUGGCUAAAUUAUCUGAAACCGGAUGUUAAGCGUGGAAACCUUACACCCCAAGAACAGUUUCUGAUCUUUGAACUCCAUUCUAAAUGGGGCAACAGGUGGUCGAAGAUUGCUCAACAUCUACCAGGGAGAACGGACAAUGAGAUCAAGAAUUACUGGAGAACCCGCGUGCAGAAACAUGCUCGGCAUCUCAAGAUCGAUGCGAACAGCGCCACGUUCCGGAAUGUCAUCCGAUGCUAUUGGAUGCCGAGUUUGCUUCAAACGAUGGAUGUUCAAGCAAAAACCGAAACCUCUCAGCGUCAAGUGUCGAUGAGGCCUGAGCAGAUUUCGGAUUCAGGUCGGAAUCGGUGCGGAAUUUCAUGUGUUUCUUUGUCAGAAUCAAUGGAUGACAUCUCGAAUGUAUCUGGAUUUUCAGAGUACCAAACAACUCCUAUUAGCGUCUAUGGUAACAAUGAAUGCAACACGCUGGCAUCAAAGGAUUGCCAUAGUAGUGAUAAUACUAGUUUCUAUGACAUGGAAACCAUCAACCUGGCAGCCACGUCAGCACUAGAAGAGGGAUUUCCCGACCCGGUUGGCGGGUGUCACUUGGCGGAUAACGAUUGGGUUAACGAUGGUUUUGCAGAUCAUGGCCUAUGGAGCAUGGGGGGACUAUGGGAACUCAGGAACUUCCAUUGAGGGGAAACCUUGCCAUUUUCCUUCUUAUGUUUAAAUGACAGUUUUGGUCUCUCUAUUAUGUUCAGAUUUGGUAUUUAAUCACUAUACUCUAAUUUGACAUAACUCAAUCUU